CUCCUCCCCGGCCCGCCGAAGAGGUUCUGUCCCUGACGAGCGGCAAGAGCGAGGGUUCAGAAAUGGGCAGUGAGAAGGAGCAGAAUCCAGAACAGCACCUGCCAGAGGAAGGGGAACAGGGAGAGCCUUGGAGAGUGAAUAACUCAGAGGAUUUUCAGAUCCUAGAUGGAGAAAAAGAACAUGGACAGGAGAGUCUGUCAGAGGCACCACAAAGCUUCCAAAUCAGAAAGCCAUGGCAGAAAGUCACUAACCCCACUGGAAAGCCAGAGGACUCCACUUCUCACCCAAGUCCUGAGGUUGAAGAGAAGCCCUUCAUAUGUGCCCAGUGUGGCAAAACCUUCAACAAUACCUCCAACCUGAGAACACACCAGAGGAUCCAUACCGGUGAAAAACCUUACAAGUGCUCUGAAUGUGGCAAGAGCUUCUCAAGAAGCUCCAACCGCAUCCGGCAUGAGCGGAUCCACCUUGAAGAGAAGCACUACAAAUGUCCCAAGUGUCAGGAGAGUUUUCGGCGGCGCUCUGAUCUCACCACACACCAGCAAGAUCACCUGGGCAAGCGACCAUACCGCUGUGACACCUGUGGCAAGAGCUUUAGUCAGAGUGCCACGCUGGCUGUACAUCACCGGACCCAUCUGGAGCCAGCACCCUACAUCUGCUGUGAGUGUGGGAAGAGCUUCAGCAACAGCUCCAGCUUUGGCGUGCACCACCGCACCCAUACAGGCGAGAGGCCUUACGAGUGCACUGAGUGUGGGCGGACUUUCAGUGAUAUAUCUAACUUUGGAGCACAUCAGAGGACCCACAGAGGGGAGAAACCCUACCGGUGCACUCUCUGUGGGAAACAUUUCUCCCGGAGCUCAAAUCUCAUCCGCCAUCAGAAGACACACAUGGGAGAGCAGGCUGGGAAGGACUUCAUCUGAAGGAGUUUCCAAUUGAGAAAGUGAGGGAGAGCAAGUCAGAGACCCCAACCUAGUAUAGGAAGAUCCUCAGGAUCUGCUGCUGCUCCCUUGACCUUAAGCCCUUUGGGGAAUAGUUUCUUGAUGCCUGUAGAGCAAGGACCUCCAAUUCUGAGAAGGAACUUGAGUGAAAAUUCUUGCUUUCUAUCCAAUCUAGUUUCUUGUCUUGGAAAGUUAGAGGGCCUGGUUUUGGCUUCAUCAUCUGGGGUGAGAGAAAAAUAGGGUAGAUUUAGUAUAUGCUCAUAUUAUUAUGACAGGUAUUUCCUGACCUUUAAGGAUGUACCUGUGAGAGGGGUAUCAUUGUCUGAAGGUCCUCCAGAUUGUAUAUGGACUUUUCAGGCCACACUGAAGUGACCUGUUAGUUUUUACCAUACGUGUCCCAACUUUACUUCCACAUAGCUUUGAUCUGGGAGGAGUAGCUUUUCCAGUGGAGGAGCCUCCAUGGUCUGGGGAAGGGAUCUGAGGUUUCUACCUUAGGAAUGAGAGGGAAGCCUUCAGGCAUGAUCCAGGGCCCUUUGCUUGCCCUCAUGUUUUUAACACCCAUCCCAGUCUGCAUCUGUUUCCUCAAGAGUGAUUAGCAGUAAAACCUGUCAAUGAAAAGGACCUGUGUACUUAUUUGGGGACCUCAGAAGAAGUGGGGAGCUGGUCCUACUACAGCCACUCAGGAAGGGAGUUGAAUUCUGAGGAAGAAUGGAUAGCAGCUCUUCAACGUAAAGAAAAUCUGAGUCUGAAGCAUUUAAGGAGAAAGAGAAAAGGAAGGGAAAUAUCAUUAGCUGCAUCUACUAUAUGCCCUAGAUUCUACUGGCAAUAUUUACAUUCCUUAUCUCAUUCAGUCAUCACAGCAACCCUUAAGGGAAUAAAAUUAGAAAGCAGAAGUGAGGGAAGGUGAAGCUAUUUGCUGUGAAAUCACAAAGUGGGUAGAUGGUGCAUGGUUCACCUCCUGACUUUGAUCUGAAGCUCUUGUCACUGUUCAUCAGUUUCUGAAGGACGUGUCAGUUUCUUGUCAGUUUCUGAAGGAUGUAUCGCCUCAGAGUGCUGACCUGAGCUCAGUUGACUUCCAGGAGGUGAGACCAAUUGAAACCUCUUAUUGUGACCCUUAUUGUAAAGCAAUGCCAUUCAUGACAACUUUUCCAACUUUAGAUUAUUGAUUAGCACUCACUCUGUGCCUAGGAACACAGUGACAGAAUAGGUAGGACAUGACGAAUAACCUUUGGGACUUGAAUAAAAGUUUUGCUCUUAGUAGUAACAUUUUAGUUCCCAAAGCUUAGACAGCUUGUCAAAGAUCAUGCCUGGCUCCCUGCCCUCUGGUUUAGGUCUGGCUCCACAUGGCAGAUUGCCUAUAGAGAAGUUUAAGUGUUCACCCAGAUUUCCUCUAAUAAAAAAAUUAAAUUAAAAAAAACAACUCAUCUCUACCUCUUGCCAAUCUGGGAUCCUGCUCUUGCUAGUGAGGGAUCCUUUUUUUAAAAAAAAAAUUUUUU